AUAAACAUAUGUUUAUUAUUCUGAGGUUGAGUCAUAUGUCAAAUUUUAAGAUUCCAGACUCCAGCUGAUUGGCACUAUUAAAGUAAAUAUUAUUUUUUAAGGGCCUAGGAUUUAAAUUCUCCCAAAAUGUUCGAUUGGUUUUCAAAACCUGAUCCCAAAGAGGAGCAACGACAAGUUGAUCGUCAAUUGAGGAAAGCUGGUAGAGAUAUAGAAAGAGAUCGAAGGCUACUUGAACGGGAAGAAAAAAAAUUGGAACUAGAAAUUAAAAAAAAUGCAAAAGAUGGUAACAAGGAAGCAUGUAAAGUUCUUGCACUACAGCUUGUUCGAUUACGUAAACAGAAAAAUAACACCUAUGCAGCAAAUAGCAAAAUACAAGGAAUAGGUAUUCAGAAUAAAAUGAUGUCAGCAAAUGCCAAACUUGCGGAAUCUAUGGGGGUUGCUGGAAGGUCAAUGGCAGAAAUGAAUAGGAUUCUUAAACCUGAACAAAUAGCAGCUAAUGUUAAUGCCUUUGGCAGAGAAUCUAUGAAAAUGAAUAUGACAGACGAGAUGAUAAAUGAUACACUGGAUGAUAUUCUCACUGAAUCUGGAGAUGAAGAAGAAAGCGAUAACAUUAUUACACAAGUGUUGGAUGAAAUUGGUAUUGAAAUUGGAGGAAAGAUGGCUGCAGCCCCAACACCAGAAAGAGGUGCUAUUGGUGGAACUUCAAAAGAUAAAGGUUUAACAGAUGAAGAUAUUGAGGCACAUCUAGCAAAACUAAAAGCUCUGUGAAAAUGUGGGAAAAUUCCACUGCUUAAAAAUCUUAAAUUUGUUGGAACAGAUCUUUAAUGAUUCAAAUAUUUUUAAUAUGAAAUCAUAGGUAAAAAAUUAAAAGAAACUUAUAUUUAAAGUUUAAACUUGUUAUUGAUAAAUAUCAAUAUUAUAUUGCUUUUCAUUA